AUGACCGGAUACGCCAGCCCAGCCAUGCCGCAGCCGUACCCAUACCCGUACCCGUAUCCCAGCAUGCCACAGGCCGGGUACAGCCCCUACCCACAACCCCCCGCUGCAGGUGUGUAUCCCAGCGCUCCCAUGUACAUGGCUCCUCCUCCUCCAUACCCCGGACCUCCUCAGGACUGGUGUCCUCCUCCAGCAGCUCCAGGAAACACCAAAGCAGCAGAAGCAGCCAGCAGCGCCUUCUAUAAUCCCAGCAACCCUCACAGCGUCUACAUGCCCAUGGUGAGAGACACACACACACACACACGCACUCUC